AUGGAAUUUGUUUCGUCCAUUUUUGGCGUAGUGUUGGAUGUCAUGGUGCAACCUGUGGGUCGCCAAUGGGUUCGAGAAGCUGAAUGGAAUGCGCACAACAUUGAAGAAGGCAUUAAAAACUGGUUGAAUGAGGUGGAUGAGAAGAUCAAAGAAAUUGACGGGUUUGUGAAAGGUGAAGACCAUCAGAAGACAGGGUGCUCUAACGGUUCUUUUCCUAAUAACUUGAGGUUAAGGCACAAGAUUGGCAGAAAAGCAAAGAAGAUGAUUCCACAGUGCGAUAAACUACUAGAACGGGGGAAAUUUGAAAGAAUUUCUUAUCUCCCAAAGCACGAAGCAUCAAAUGUUGCUCUUCGUGACAGUGGUUACGAGCCAUUGCAAUCAAGAGACGACAUUGUGAAGAAAGUUAUGAAUGCACUGAGAGAUCCCACAACUAAAAUGGCUGGCAUCUAUGGGCAAGGAGGAAUUGGCAAAACCACUUUGGUUAAAGAAGUUGUAAAGAAAGCCAAGGAAAAAAAGCUAUUCAAUGUGGUGGUUAUGGCGAAUAUAACAAGCACUCCAGAUAUAAGAAACAUUCAAGGAGAAAUAGCUGACAUGUUAGGCUUGAGAUUGGAUGCUAUUGAGAGCGUGAUUGGAAGAGCGGGUCGUUUACAACAAAGAUUUGAAAAAGAGAAGGAGAACACCCUAGUCAUUUUGGAUGAUCUUUGGGCUGAAAUUGACUUGAGCAAGUUGGGGAUUCUGCUGAAGGAAGAUGAUGUUAGCCAAAUGAUCGUCAAAGAUAUGUCUGAUGUUCAUGACAACCAGUUCAAACAAGAGAAGUCCUCUGGUGACUUCAAAAGUUGCAAGAUUUUGCUGAUUUCUCGAAGUGAAGGGGUAUUGAGACAAAUGGAUGUGAAGGAAGAUCAAAUGUUUCUUGUGGAAGUCGUAAACGAAAAGGAGGCUGAGACGUUGUUCAACAAGAUAGUUGGGAUAAGUGAAAAUUCUGAGUUGAAAUCAAUGUCAACUGAAAUUGUCAAUAACUGUGCAAAGUUACCCAUGGCAAUAGUCACGGCUGGAAAGGCUUUGAAGAACAUCAAGAACAAAGUUGCUUGGCAAAAUGCGCUAAAGGAAAUGAAAAGGCAUGGAAUGAUUCAAGUGAUGGAACCUAUGGAGUUUUCAACAAAGCUGAGCUAUGAUAACUUGCAAAGUGAAGAGCUUAAGUCUUUUUUCUUGCUUUGCGCUUACAUGAGUAAGGAUCCAACAAUGAUGGACCUAGUAAGAUAUUGCAUUGGCUUGAACAUAUUUCAAGGAGUCUAUACAGUAGAAGAAGCUCGAGGUAAAACAAUUACCUUGAUAAAUAUGUUAAAAGGCUCAAGUUUGUUGUUGGAUACUCUUUCUUCUAAUCGUAUCACCAUGCAUGAUAUGGUUCGUGAUGCUGCUCUCUCAAUAGCAUUCAAGGAGAAACAUGUCUUUACAAUGAGAAUGAUAUACUAG